AUGGUGGGACGACAAUCUAGUACUGGUAGUAAUCAUAAAUUUAAUAAUAAAAAUAAAAAAAGAUUUAUAGAUAGAAAAGAAGCCAAAACACUAGAUAUUCAAAGAGCAUUAACUCAUAGAGCUAGAUUAAGAAAGAAUUAUUUUAAAUUAUUAAAAAAAGAAGGAAUAGAUGAACAACCUAAAAAUGAAAUAGAUGAUGCAGAAGAACAGCAGGAGAGUAACGAUGUUGAUGAUUCACAAAGUGAUAGCGAAGAUAAUGAACAGGAGGAAGAACAACUAAAACCCAAAAAAUCAAAACCUUCAUCAUCCAACAAGAUAAAUCCCAAAGAAUUGACAUAUGCAGAAAAAGCAGCAAUAGCAAAAGAAAGAAGAUCAAAAAUAAGACAUGAUAAAUUACAAAAAAUUCAAGAUAAAAUUGAAAAUAUAGCAAGACAACAAAAAAUUAGAGAAUUAAAAAAAGAACAAUUAAAACGAAAAACUAAAACUGGUCAACCAUCAAUGGGUCCUCGUAUAAAUAAUUUAUUGGAUAAAAUUAGAAAAGAUCGUGGAAAUUAA